AUGAUAAUACCCUCGGAUCUGCGCGUGGAACCGGAACCAUAUGCGCCACGCAAUUUAACAUCGCCUAGCAUGCCUAACGAAGACGACUCCUUCGUUGCCCUACAAUAUAAAUUCUUCGAUGUUCUGCGUUUGUUGGGAACUAUAUAUGAGGCGUUGGGAAAGCACCACUGCUACGCGAGCCACUUUGAGGCAGCCUUUUGGGCAGAACAUCGCAAGCUUCAAGAAGCGACCGAGAACAACAAGAUCCUCGCCUACCAGCUAGAAGAGCUUCGGACGCAGACAAUCCAUGGGCGGCGUAGGGUUCCGGACUCUCCAAAUGCGCAACAACAGAAUCCUACCGUUCACCGAUUGCCGCCAAUACCGGAAGAGCUCGAGCCGGGCGAGGAAAAGACUUAUCGAACCACGCAACAGGAUACGGGCCUACAAGCCGGUUCUUAUACCGACUUCAAGAGUGAAACCUCAGAGCAGAAUCAGAUGAAAAAUGUGCCGGCCGGUUCAAUCUUACGAAGGUUGCUUUUGCGGCAACGAUAUGAUGCCGAAGUUUAUAAGAUGUGA